GAAGCUUCCGUCGUUUACUCCCAAAACCAAAUCCCCCUUUUUCUCCAUUAGGAAAUACAGCAGAGCUAGUGUCAGACAGAGCAAUGGCGGGUGAAGAAGAGAGUUCACUGGACGGAGGAACCUAUUCAGAACUACUAUUUGCCGACGACGACGAUGGCCUAGCAGGAUGUUUCAAUUUCACUAAUUCAUCUUCCCCGAAAAUGCUCUGUUUUGGUACUGAUGCUCCUAUACUUGAAACUUGUUCUGUACAAACAUCAGAACAAAAAACCCCAAAAUCUGAACUCACAUGCAGUGGAGAUUCACCAUCUGCUUGUUCAAGUAGCAACAUCAGCCAGCCUAACAACUCCAAUAAAAAGCGAAAUGGUGCAGAGAAAGAAUCGGUUGAAAAAACAAAAGGUGGAAAUCAGAGAAAUUGCAAGAGGACAAAGAUGGUAGAAAAUUCAAAUGUGACAACUCAUGCAAAGGUUAAGAAAGAAAAGCUUGGUGAAAGAAUCACAGCAUUACAACAACUUGUAUCUCCCUUUGGCAAGACCGAUACAGCAUCAGUGCUACAUGAAGCGAUGGGAUAUAUCAGGUUUUUGCACGAUCAGGUUCACGUCUUGUGUUCUCCUUACUUGCAGCGCCAGACCCAGAGACAGUCUCCCUCUUUACGUGAGGGCGGGGAAACGGAAGCAUCGAGAAAUGAGGUGUUGCUGAGGAGCAAAGGACUUUGUCUAGUGCCAGUAGAGGUGAGUGUCCAUGUAGCUGAUACUAGUCUCAACGGCGCUGAUUUUUGGUCACCUGCCGCCAUGAUGAACAAUAAUAAUAGUAUUACCCAAUGAACAAUCCCUUGGCUCUUCUUUUUCAUGUUUUGGUGGGUUGAUGUAUAUUGUAGCCCCCAUUUUUGGAUGAUCAAAACCACUGUUUGUUGGAAAUUGUAUAACUUCUAGGGAAAUGGAAUAGCGUUACUCUUUUUUCAGUU